ACUGCGCUUCCGGAGCUUAACGGACUCUCCUCGCGCUUCUCAGUUUUUUAGAGAAAACCUCAGAUUAAACCAGGACUGAAUCAGGACCAGACCUGGACCAGAUGCGGUUCUGCUGAUGGAGAUGCAGUCUUGUAGCGCUAAAGCCGUAUUUGUGGUUGUCCUGCUGUCCACGCUGAUCGGGCUGCUGUACGUGUACCAGAUCUACUUCCAGACCAACUGCGACCAGACCAGUUUCGAGGCUCUGAUCAGCCCACAGCUGCUCCUGCCACAACCACCACACCUUCCCCACCUGCCCCACCUGCUGCACCUGCCCCACCUCCUGCACCGAAAGGAGUAUGCACAGCCGGACAUCACGAAAGGACGCACAGACGUCGUCACAGUAACGCCCUGGCUCGCCCCCAUCGUCUGGGAGUCGACCUUUGACCCUGUUCUGAUGGACGCCAUCUUUAAACCCCAGAACCUCACCAUCGCUGCCACCGUGUUCGCUGUCGGGAAGUAUGUGCAGUUCCUGAAGGACUUCCUCAAGACCUCAGAGCAGUUUUUCUUCAUUGGUUUUAACGUUCACAUUUAUGUUUUCACCGAUCGCCCCAACGACGUCCCUAAAGUCCAACUGGCCCCGGGACGAAAGGUCUCGGUGCGUGUGGUCCAAUCUUCUCAGCGUUGGCAGGAGAUCUCAGCUCGUAGGAUGGAGAUGGUGCACACUCUGCUCUUGGAGCUGAGCGAUUCGACACACUUCAUUUUCUGUUUGGAUGUUGACUCCAAGUUCCACGGACGCUGGGGCUCGGAGAGCCUGGGCGAGCUGGUGGCUGUGGUGCACCCAGGUUACUAUGGCAACCCGCGGAGCCGGUUCCCGUUCGAGCGGCGGACCAAGUCCAGGGCCUACAUGGCACCCUCUGAUGGAGACUUUUAUUACUGCGGUGGCGCAUUUGGGGGAAGUGUGGACCAAGUCCUGGCCUUAACCCAGACCUGCUCCAAGAACUACAGAGACGAUGAGAAGGAGGGAGUGGAGGCCGCCUGGCAGGAGGAGAGCCACCUGAACAGAUAUUUCUGGGAGAACAAACCUUCGAAGGUCCUGUCUCCUGAGUAUCUGUGGCAGGAUUUUAAACCUCGGAAUCCUGAGAUCCGGAUCAUCCGAUUCUCCGGAGUCAUCAAGAACUACGCUGCUAUCAGGCCCAAUGUGUAACUACAGCAAGAACUGAACCAGGACCGAACCUGGUCUAAACCUGGUCUAAACCAACACCAGGUUUUCUCAGCCUCAGUUUUUCAGAUCAGAUUUCUGCUUCUGUUCUAAGCCUCAUUUGAGCUGCUCCCGUUGUGACCAGCUGGGGGCGCAGCAAUGUGAAAAGACCAUAGACAUACUCCAGAAGGGAGUGCUUCCCCUCCUCCUCUGCUCCUCUGACCCUCUCUGCUGACCCACUCUGCUGCUCCUCUGACCCUCUCCUGUGACUCUCUGCUUCUCUCCUUCUCUGCUCCUCUGACCCUCUGCUCCUCUCCUCCUCUGCCCCUGUCCUUCUCUGCUCCUCUUCUGCUCCUCUGACCCUCUCCUCUUCUACUCCUCUGACCCCCUCCUCUGCUGCUCUCUCCUCCUUUGCUUCUCUGCUUCUCUGACCCUCUGCUCCCUCUCCUCCUCUGACCCUGUCCUCCUCUGCUCCUCUGCCUGUCUGACCAUCUCCUUCUCUGCUCCUCUGACCCUCUGCUCCUCUCGUCUUGUUAUAAAUAUGUAUUUAAAGUGAAUAAGGUUUUUAAAAUGUUAAAAUAUUUUAAUGUGUGUACAAAGGUUUACAACCUGUGCAGCAGGUGGCACUGUUUG